AUGGAGCAGGGAUGGCGUUCCUACGAAUCGGGAGACUACCCACAGGCAUUACUCAGCUUUGAGCGCGCAAUUAACUUCGAUGAAAAUCUUGCGGAUGCCCAUAACGGUGUCGGAUGGAGUCAUCUCAGCCUAUCACUAAAUCCGCCACUGACACAAGGUGCUUUCCAGAACGCCGUGCAACUCGAUCCGUCAAAUGCGGACGCAUGGGUCGGAUUUGCGAAUCUGCUUUUUUUGCGCAACAAGGAUACAAACGAUUUCCGAUCUGCUAUCCGAGCGAUUGAUAAUGCGCUACUGGGUGAUGCCCAAUAUCUCUUCCGGCACGACUAUCGUUCCAAUGCCGAACUCUAUGUGCUUAAGGCGGCAUGCUACUAUUAUCUUGGCGAAGAUGCGUCUGCAAAACAGGAAGUUGACAAGGUGCUCCAAAUUGAAACUACAAAUAGAACAGCCAUCGUGCUACAAAAUCUACUCAAAGAAUAA